AUGGCGUUUCUUAGCCAACUCUCAGGUCAUUUACAAACAUUAAAAGAAAAGACAGCAACAAUGGCUGAAGGAGCGCCGGCUAUCGGAGCACAUCUACAGUCAUUAAAGGACGGCGCUCCCAAGUUAAUCGAGAGUGCGUUGAAUGCUAAAAACGGACUGCUUAAUAAGGUAAAGCUGGACUCUCUCGGGAAAGUGCUGCAUGUGUCAGGUUUGGGUCGUUACCCUUCACCGAUCGACAUCGUGCCGGUCAUCACAUGCUUUGGAGAACAUCUGCAGAAUGCAGAAUUUAGGGUCGAAUAUCAUAGCAAUGGCGAUUUCCGAGCGGUAAACUCUGGCAACGCCGUCUGGUUGCUUCGCGAAGGCAACGAAUCGGAGUUGGCGUUAUCGUUCCUGCCUGAGGAGCAGUAUCAUUUAGAUGCCGUUACUUGGCAUUGGGGGACGGAACCGAUGAACGGCUCUGAGCACACUAUUGGAGGUGUUGGCUACGCCGGUGAGCUACAUCUCAUUCAUCGUAAUACUCGCUUCUCGACGAUGGAACUGGCGCUAAAACAGCCGAAUGGAGUGCUUGCGAUUGCCAUAUUUCUCAAUGAAUCCCAUGACGAAAAUCCAGCAAUCAGUCCAUUUAUUGAGUUGGUACCAAGUAUAACCUACAAGGGUAAUGAGGUUCGAGUCGGACAGUUCAAUUUUGGUGCUCUCUUCCCAACUGCAGAGAAAACGAAAGAGUUCUGGAUGUAUGAGGGAUCGGAGACGGUGGAUCCUUACCGUGAGACAGUUCAGUGGCUAGUGUUCCGCUCAGCGCUACCUAUCAGUUCAUAUCAGCUCGAUCGCCUUCGUGAAAUACGCUCUGGCGGCUACGACGAGGAGCGCGAGACGCCGAUGGUUCCGAUUCGCCCAACUCAGGCACCGAACUCGCGUAGCGUUGUGUGCAGUUUUCGCAGCGCAGCCGGUGCUCCCGACCUCGGAUUUAACAAACAGUAG